AUGUUAUUAGCAUCAAUAUUACCAUUCCCAUGGUAUCAUAAUUAUCAAUUCGAUAAAAAUGCCAGUGAUGAUUUUGCGUUUAUAUACAAUAGACAUGUACAUGAAUUUCAGGCGAAUAUCCCAGAUUCAACGAGAAACGCCCAUUCAUCUUCACAUUCCAAUGAAGACACAUCGGAUCUAGACUCUAAUCGUGAACAGACUGGAUUAUCUGAUUCGAGUUCUCAUUCAAAUGAGCAGAAAGUGGGCAAAUUCAAUAUGAAAUUAUCAGCCACUAAACAAAAGGUGAAUAGGUUCGAUGCUGAUAAGAACGAUGAUGACAGUGAUAGGAAUGUUGUUACGGAUAGCAGCGAUUACGAUAAGAUCAGCACAAUUCUUGGUGCAGCAAUGCUGCCUCCAAUGGAAGUGCAUAAACCAGCCAAGAUUUAUUCAUCGAAAGCCAUCAAGAACUCAUUUACUGUUGAUAAUAAUGUUCGUCGAUCACCCAGCAAAACAACUCAUAAUCCGGUUUGUUUCUAUUAA